GAGUAGUAUUCAAGAAGGACAAAACGCGGCUCACAGCCUCCGCCGCUACUUCCGCUUUACCGAUAGGCGUGACGCUGUCGCACGGUCUACGUCACUGAAUGUUGGCAACGCUGCGCUGUGAUUGGUCCAAUGACCUGUCAAUCAUACCGCUAGGCGCCGUGACCCGUUCCAGCUGGUGGAUAUUCAACACUGCAAAUUUAUAGCUGCAAAAAUGAGCACUAUCGGCGAGUGAUUAAAACGAUAAGUAGUUAUUGAUAAAGAUGUGACAAAGCUUACACUAAUUUAAUUAAAAAACACUUGAUAGCAGAGUCAAAUAAUAUUGACUGACUUUAAAAAUAAAUCUUAAAUAUAACAUAAAACAGACCAUUUUGAAGAAAAUCUACAGCUAAUUAGCAAUGUUUUAUGUCAGCAUUGAAUCAAAUGGCUCACGGUUGUGGAUUGGGUGAUAGUACUGAUGGUCCCACUGAGACUCAACACUGGCUAGCUCAUUGUUUAGGUUAACUCGACCCACAAACCAAGACAAUAAAAGAGUGACUGAUAAAGAAAGUCAGACAUCUCGCAAGAAAAGAAGACCCAGAUAUUAUUUCUAUCAUUGGCAGGCUGAACCACGGCGGACCAAAAUGCAACAGGUGGCAAGAGAAAGAGCACCCCUGCUGGAAGAUCAUGUCUUCUGCUGGGUUUGCAAUGUGCGACGUGGAGACUCCUCUGGUAGCUGCUUUCAGGGCUGUUCCCCUCCCUGCUGCCUCUGGCUGUGUUUGGGCUAUGGUCCUGACUGAGAAGCAGAGCAUCACCCAGAUGCGUGGCUCCGACUGUAUGGGAGGUUAAGUCUGUGAACACCAGCAUGGGAGCCAAACAGAUGAAAUGUCUCAGCUCAGCCAGCCCUGCUCACUCCCCCAAAGAGGAGUAUGUUAUCACCCAGUCCGCUGACACCCCUAAAGAAGAAACAGUCCAUGAUCAGUCUGAAGACCAGGGGGAACCUCGGGAUGACAAAUCUGAGCUGACAGAGAAAAAAUCUGUCACAGAGGAGGUGUCUCUGUGUGGAUUGUGUCCCUCCCUCGGGCAUGAUGGGCAGGAGGAAGAGAAGUCCUGGGAGGAGCAGCUGGACGCCCACCAGGAGCAGCUGGAGAAGGAGAUGCAGGAGGCCAGGAGGAUGGUGUUCCGCCUCCAGGCUUUGCUGCUCCAUGGCUCACUCCCUGAGGAGGACCAGGAUGGAUCUGUGAGCUUCGGAGAUAACCGGGCUAACACCGAACAGCAGCUGGUACUAAUCCGCAGUCGUCUGGACCAAAGCACGGAGGAAGCCCUUGAUCUCAAGAGGGAACUCCUGAGACACAAACAGGAGGCACGCCACCUUCAGGCCAUCAAGGAUGCUCUACAGCAGCGCCUGGCAGUGCAGGAGGAUGCUGUGCUGCAGCUAAAGCAGGAACUGCUGAGGUGCAACAUGGCCAAAGAUCAGCUGGAAGGGGAAAAUGCAGACCUCAAACACAAGAUGAGUGAACGGAACAAAUUACUCUCUGAAUAUGAGCAGCAGCUCGGGAGGAAGGACAGAAUACUGCAGCAACAGAAGUUCGACGAAGCUCAUAAAGCACAUGAAGUCACCCAUGGACGGUCAUUCAGGAGUGAAAGCGGUGGUUACAGUAACUCGGUGGCUUCAACAUCUCCUGCAGCCUUCCAACACAGGGCACCAGGGGAAGAGCUGCAGCUGGUCAGGGAGGCACUGCGUAGUUUGAGGGACAGCUUUUCCGGCCAUGACCCCCAACAUCACACCCUGGACACCCUGGAGCAGGGUGUGUCCAGCCUCAUGGACCGAUUACACUCUUUGGACACCCAGCGCAGACAGGACAGAGGGGAGGAAUUCAAAUCGCCAGGACGCAGAGCCAACUCCACAGACCGUGACUCCUGGCCGCAAAGCUCCAAAAUGGCCCACUCACACAGCAGCCCGGGAUUGGACACGGCCGUCUCCACUAAAGUGCUCUACUUCACUGAUCGCUCGCUCACUCCGUUUCUGAUUAACAUCCCAAAAAGGCUGGGUGAGGUGACUCUGCGAGACUUUAAGGCCGCUGUGGACCGACAAGGCAGUUUCAGAUACCACUUCAAGGCCCUCGACCCGGAGUUUGGCACAGUGAAAGAGGAGGUAUUCCAGGACGGAGCAGUCGUGCCUGGCUGGGAAGGGAAGAUUGUAGCGUGGGUGGAGGAGGACCACGGAGAGAGGAGGUAGAGCCCAAAAACCAGAGAUCACCACUACAAACCUCAGUUGUUCCCACUGGACCAGGAUUCCACUGAAAAUACGUGUGAUGCCAUAAUAGAGAAAAGGUUAUAAUGCUAUUAACUGGGACCAAUGGAUCGAGCACCAUCUCGAUACAAAACCAUGUUUUAAAAGUGAAUGUUUCAUAUGAAGAAUUUGACUUGACAUUUUGCAGCUCAUUAAUGGUCAGUAAUGUGAUACUUGAAACUGGAUUAUAAAAGAAAGUUAAUGAGAUUUGCAAUAAAUAACACAUUAUAAGCUGUGCUCUAAAAAGCUGUAAUCAGUGCAUAGUAUGCCACCCUUAAAACAAAAGUGUUUACUGACAAUUUUCACACGUUCCAGAUUGCCAAAUAGUGAUGUUGUUGUUC